CUGCAGCUAAAUUGUCCUAAAGGUCGAGAAGGAAAACAGAAAGCGUAAAUUUAUUGUGAAACUGUGCGAAGUGCAGGAGUAAAAAGAGUGUUACCGAAGCAUAUCAAGAAAGAUGGGUUGUGUCGCCAGCCUGGCGUGCUGCUUUACAUCUGCAGCUUGCAGCUUAUGCUGCAGUUGCUGUCCUUCGUGCAGAAACUCGACUGCAGCAAGAAUGGGGUAUUCGCUCCUUCUGUUUGUGUUCACUGUCGUAUCCUGUAUCAUGCUUUCGCCUGGUAUCGACAAGAAGCUUGCUAAAAUAGACUGGUUUUGCGACAAGGCAAAUGUUGAUUGCCAUCAAAUUGUUGGCUAUUUAGCUGUCUACAGAGUGAUGUUUGCAGUUGCCUGCUUCUUUGUAUUGUUUACACUCAUUAUGAUUGGAGUUAAGAGCAGUAAAGAUGGACGUGCUGGUGUUCAAAAUGGAUUUUGGGGAAUAAAGCUCCUACUCAUUAUUGGUGGCGUGGUUGGUGCUUUUUUCAUUCCUGCUGCAAACACAUUUUCAACAGCCUGGAUGUACAUUGGUCUCAUUGGUGGAUUCUUGUUCAUCAUUAUCCAGCUUGUACUUCUGAUUGACUUUGCUCAUGCUUGGAAUGAAACCUGGGUUGAAAACAUGGAGGAGAGUGACUCAAAAUGCUGGCAGGUCCUUUUACUGGGCAGCACAUUCAUCAUGUAUGCAGCCACAAUUACGGGCAUAGCACUGCUCUUUGUGUUUUUCACAAAAGCAAGUGACAGUAGCUGUGCUACGCAGAAAUUUGUCAUCAGCUUCCAUUUGAUUUUAUGCAUCAUUGUUUCUAUAUUAGCAAUUCUCCCCCAAGUCCAGGAGAGACAGCCAAGAUCAGGUUUAUUGCAAGCUUCAGUGAUAUCGCUUUACACUACGUACCUUGCUUGGAGUGCCCUGUCAUACCAACCAGGCACAUGCAACUCUAUCCGUGGCGAAAUUCUGGCAGCAUCCGGUAGUAUAUCGCCAAACUUCGAUGCCCAGUCAAUCAUUGGCCUUAUAAUCACCUUCAUUGUUGUCAUGUUUUCUUGCAUUCGAACAACAAGCUCAUCUCAAAUCGGAAAACUUGGGCUUAGUGGAGGAGCUUCUUCUGCAGCAACGGAAUCCACGAUUUUGUCCGACUCAAAAACAAGUACAUCGAAGGAAGACAAUCUCGAAGAAGCUGGUUCUGGGCAACGUGUCUACGAUGACGAAGAUAAUACAGUGUCCUACAGCUAUUCCUUCUUCCAUUUCAUGAUGUUUCUUGCUACCCUUUAUAUCAUGAUGACCAUAACUAACUGGUACAAGCCAAGUGGCGCCAGUCUGAAGAAUCUCAGCAGUUCGGUCGCUGCAUUUUGGGUGAAGAUCAGUUCGAGUUGGAUUUGCUUCCUGCUGUACGCAUGGACCUUGCUCGCCCCAGCCUUCUUUCCAGAUAGAGAUUUCGACUGAGAAAACCUAAACAGUGGUACUUCAUGUACAGCGGCACUUCUUGUAUAACUUUCUUCUUUUCUUUUAAUACAGUUGUCAUUAAACUUUGAAGUUUUUUCUAUUAGAAUCUUAUCCACAUGGGCUGGAGCUAGUGACAAUGACUCUCGUAUUGUAUUCCAUUGUAGAAUUUAUAUAAUUUAUGCAUUGCUUGAACUUUCGUGAUUGUGUAUUUUAUUGAUUUGUAUUAUAAUUCUACCCUCGUAAACCAGACGUAAUAUUUCAAUAUUAUUAUAUGUAGACACAA